GGUUUUCUACAAAAGUGAAAGUUAAACAAGUCUAUGAGUGGUUUUGCUGAAAAAUGGCUGCUUAUCAGGGAACUGCAGAGAUGUUUGUGAAGGAUCUCACUUGUCCCAUAUGUUUGGACAUUUACAAGGGCCCAGUGACAUUGGCUUGUGGGCACAAUUACUGCAGAAUCUGCAUUGAUAAGUUCUGGGUGACUCAAGGAGUCCCUUCCUGUCCGGAAUGUAGAGUGAGGUUUUCAGACAGGAUGUAUGUUUUAAACCAUGGACUGGCCAGUUUGGCUGAGACAGCUCAGACUUCCAGCCAGGCACCUAUUACCACAGGAAAACUGGAACAACCUUGCUCAGAUCACAAUGAGAUGCUAAAACUGUUUUGCAAAGAAGAUGAGUCUCUCAUCUGUGUUAUGUGUGUGGUUUCGAGUAAGCAUGCCGGCCACACUUUCAUACCCUUGGAGGAUGCAGCCAGAAUGUAUCAGCAAAAGCUCAAAACGGCCUUAUUCACACUUGAGUCUCGGUUGAUGAUACUCCUCGAUCAACAGCUUAAGCAAGAGCAGAGAAUAUCAAGUAUCAAAGAAGAGUCCAGGAGUUUAGAGCAGCAUAUUAUAAUGGAGUUUGCCAAACUACACCAGUUUCUUCACGAGAAGGAACAGCGACUGAUCCAACAACUAAAUGAGGAAGCUGCAGGAAUUCUGCGAAAUAUGUCGGAAAACAGGACCAGGAUUAUUCAGGAAUGUACUGCCAUUUUGGAGAAGCGUUAUAAUAUCCAAACACGGAUGGCUCAGCAGGAUUCCAUGUCUUUUUUAACGGGAAUCAAAAAGUUCACAGAGCAGAUUUGUGAUGUUUCAAACUAUGAUGGACCCCCUAGUACGUCACUAGUUAACAGUGAGCUUACAGCUGGAGUUUACAAAGGCCCACUGCAGUACAGAGUGUGGAAGGAGAUGAGCACAGUUAUCAACCCAGGUCUGUCUCAUUUGACGCUAAACCCAGAUACAGCACAUCCUAAUCUCGUUGUGUCUGAAGACCGUACCAGAGUGUGGGAUGGUGGUCAACGACAGUGGCUCCCAGACACACCAGAAAGGUUUGAUACGUGUGGGAUUGUACUUGGAGCAGAAGGCUUCAUAUCAGGAAGACACUACUGGGAAGUGGAGGUGGGGGAAAUGUACUUUGACCUGGGUCUUGCAAAAGAAUCCAUCAGAAGAAAAGGGGAAAUUGGUGCUUCGCCCUGGAGUGGUAUUUGGAUUCUAGUCCUCAGAGAUGGGCAAACAUAUGAUGCAUAUGACAAAGAGAACAAAUUCCGCCUUUUGGAGAAGAAACUGAAGCGGAUUGGACUCUAUCUGGACUACGAGGGCGGGCAACUAUCAUUUUACAAUGCUAAUGACAUGUCUCAUAUAUACACCUUCACUGAUACUUUUACAGAGAAAUUGUACCCCUUUUUAAGUCCUAGCUGUCCUGUACACUGUGAAAAUAACCAUGCACCAAUGAAGAUUGUUCAUCUGCAGAUACGUGAAAGACAUCCAUCUAACACUUUUAAAAUGUCAGGGCACCAAGCAAUUCAGGACAAAAAUGUUGACAUGACUUGUAACAUCUGCAAUGGUAUCUACAAAUCUCCAGUUAUCCUUGAAUGUGGUCAUGCUUUCUGCAAAGAAUGUAUAGAAAAAGUGCCGAAGGGAGAAGAUGGGAUGGCACCCUGUCCAGCGCCAGCAUGUGCCAAGCUAGUCAAGACAGAGGCACUACAAGUGAACCAGCUCCUGGAACACCUGAUGGAGAAGCUGCAAAAUGUCCCUCAGGGCCACUGUGAGGAGCACAUGGACCCACUGAGUGUUUUUUGUGAGGAUGAUCGCCAAAUUAUCUGUGGUGUCUGUGCAUCACUGGGGAAGCACAAGGGCCACAAAAUGGUGACCGCUGCUGAUGCACAUAAAAACUUACUGAAAGAGCUGCCCCAGCAGAUGCGUAAAUUGCAGGAGACAAAAAUGCAGCGGGAAAAGGAACGCGUGACAGCAGAGGGAAAGAUAGCAGAAGUCAAGGAGAAGACAUCUAAGUACCAGGAUUCCAUACGAAAGCAGCUGAAUGCAAUGAAGAUGUACCUUGAUGACCAGUCAGCUUCUUUCUGCAAAGAAGCAGAGACAGUCAAGUCUAAGGUUCUCCAUAACUUGCAGGGACAGCUGGUGAAGGUAUCUGACCAUCUCGAGCAGGUCACACAGAUGGAGCAGGUGCUUACUGGGCUGAAGGACGAGAAGCAAUCAGAUUUUCUCAGGAAAUACAGUCUACUGGCAACAAGACUGUCUGAAAUCAUUGACCAACCCCCAGAAAGACAGCUACCUGGUGUCUCGUUUCCAAAGAUCACAGAUGACUUCAAAAUUGCAGUGUGGAAGAGAAUGUUUAGAGGCAUCCUGCCACCAAAUGAAGACCUAACUCUAAAUGUGAACACUGCCCAUCAAAAUUUACGGAUUUCAGAAGAUAGCAAGAUGGUAGAAAGUGUUAAACAGAAGCAGGGCUAUCCAGAUGAACCUGACAGAUUUGACAAGUGCUACUGUGUCUUAGCCAAUCAGAAGUUCAGCAGCGGUGUUCAUUACUGGGAGGUUUAUGUGGGAGACAAGCCUCGGUGGUCACUUGGUGUUGUCACAGAAACAGCCAACAGAAAAGGUGAUAUCAGUGCCAGCCCCUCAAAUGGCUACUAUCUAAUUGGAUGUAAGGAUUAUAAGACCUAUGAUGCUUGGACUGAUCCCAAGACAACUAUGAUAGUGGAUCCAAAACCAAAGAAAAUUGGUAUUUAUUUUAGUUACGAGGGUGGACUUUUGUCCUUCUAUAAUGUAGAUGACCCAGACCAUAUGACAAACUUAUGCACCUUUCAUGAAACCUUCUCUGGCAAUAUCAUCCCAUUCUUUGACCCUUGCUCAAAUGAUAAGGGCAAAAAUAGCCAGCCACUUUACAUUUGCCCCCCUGGUCCGCCAUCUUCAUAAUUAUGCUUAUGACUUUGCCCUUCUAACCCCCUUCCUUUAAUUUACAUUCAGUAUUGAGAUAGUUUAUUAACACUAGAGUACAUUUAAAGAAAAGGCCUCUCAUCCUUGUUUCUAUGUACCUGGCUUGGAUGCUCAUAUGGCUUCCCCUUUAUAACUAUUCAGUCCUAUAAUUUAUUGAGUUAGCUGCUGAAGAAGAGUACAUUAUUUUUCUUGGGGGGGGGGUGAUGGCCUAGGAUGGAGAUAAGAUAUAGUUACAUGUAACAAAAGGUAAAACAUAAAGCCUUAAAUAAUAGUCAGAACAUGUACUAAUGAUGUGCAUAUGCUCAAAACAGUUUUAUACUGAUCCUUUUCUAUUACAUAUCCUGAGAUUCCCAUAUAUAUUCUUAAUACAUUCAUUUCUAACACACACACACACACUGACUCUCUCAUUCCUCAGGGGCCACAGUAGUCCAUUUUAUUAGUGUUUUUAAGGUACUAACCCCCCCCCCCAAAAAAAAGAAACAUAAAAAAAAAAUCAACUUACUGCACUGUAUUAAAGGUCCACUAAAAUAAAUGUUGUAAAAUUCAGCUACAGCACAAUGUGAACAGUAUAACUGAAAUAGUUUUAACAAAAAAGAAAAAAACAAUAUAGCUUUCCAGAAUGCCUUUUAUAAUUCAGGUCAUGACCUUUAAAAUAGUGCCAAGUAGUUUUUCACAACAAAGAAAAGUAAUUUUAUUAUGUAUUUUUGUCACAGUGAAACAGGAAGAAUAGAGUACGUUCUGAGCACAUAUGCCAACAUUACAGGCAAACUGACAAAAAAAUGGAUGAAGGGACCUUCCCUUUCAAGCAGGAUGUCAUGAAAGGUUAUGCAUUACAGUGUGAUACAGGAUGUAGUGAGAAACAGGGCAGGAGGCAAUGCUGAGAGUCUUAUGCACCUUGACCGCUUAUUGUUAAACCUAUAGCUUAUUGUUAUCAGUCAUGAUUUCCAUUAUUUAUUUUUGUUUGAUUUGUUUUUUAAUUUCUAAAAUAAAUAAUGUGGUCUAGAAAACUGAUUAUUGUGAGUCAGAAAUAAUGCAUGGACAUGUCACAGCAUUUCAUCAAUGAAAUGCAUUGGGUUCUAUUUCCAGUUUCAUAAUGUUACGUAAAACACUUCAAUGUAGAAUGGCUUAAUAUUUUGUGAUGAAUAACUUUUAUGUUUUAUUGACAAAAAUAAAACUGUUUAUUACUACCUUA